AUGGCGAGCUCAGCAUACAGGGAGCAGCAGAUAUCGGAGAUCCGCCGUCUUGCUGCUGCCUACGUGGACCGACAGUUCCACAGGGUGCUCGGCGUUGCUCCCAGCAGCAGCAGCAGCAGCAGCAGCAGCAGCAGCAGCAAGAGCAGCAGCAGCAGCAGCAGCAGCAGCAGCACUCUGAAUGGACGGGAAGAAGACAGCGAUGCAGCACUAACGGCGGACAACAAACGAAAGGCCACCGACUUUAUGGUUGCGAAUUUGCUGCAUCAUUCAUAUGGGACAGUGGAUGGUGCUGCUGUGCUGCUGGAGCUGCAGCAGCUGCAGCAGCAGCUGCAAGUGCAGCAGCAGCCGCUAGCAGCAGCAGCGCUGCAGCAGGCGUGCGCGGCCUUCAUCAACAGCAGCAAGAGCAGCAGCAGCAGCAACAGCAACAGCGUGCAGCAGCUAGAUGAGAGCUGCGGGGCGCUGCUGCUGCUGCUCCUGCUCUCCAAAGGCCAUCUUUGCGGCGGAGAUAAACCCAAGCUGCUGCUGCUGCUGCAGCACAGCAGCCAGCCUUCCCAAAGGACUGCUGCAGCAGAGCAGCGGCAGAGACAAGAAGCAGCAGCGCGAGAGAAUCUGCUGCAGCUGAUGCAGCAGCAAGACGAACUCUACAGGCAAGACCUCAGCAGCAGCAGCCGCCGCAGCAGCAGCAGCAGCAACUGCAGUAGCCGCAGCAGCAGCAGAAGCGAGACGAAUGAGCCGCCGCUGCAGCAGCAGCAGCAGACUGAUGAGUUGCUGCUGCUGCUUCGGCGAGACGAGGGGGUGGCAGAGCUUUCUGUUCAAAGCGAGCAGCAGCAGCAGCAGCAGCAGCUGGUGUUGCUGCUGCAGCAGCAGCAGCAGCUAGUGCAGCGCCUGCAGCCGCGCCGGCUGCAAAAAAUGGGCGUUUUGUGUCCCCCUGAGCAGCAGCAACAGCAGCAGCAGCAGCAGCAGCAACAAACCUUAGAUCUCGUCAGCCUGCAGCAAAAGAUCUUGCAGCGGCUGCAGCCUCGCGACCGCAGCAGCAAAGGGCAGCUAGCAGCAGCAGCAGCAGCAGGACAGGUUGCUGCUCCAUAUGCAGAAGGUUGCUGCACGGAAGGCGCCUUUCGAAGCCACCGCAUUGUAAGCAGCAGCAGCAGCAGAAGCAGCAGCAGCAGCAGCAGUAACAACAGCAACCGCGACUGCUGUUGCCCUGGCUCCAGCAGAAGCAGCGGCAGCGGCAGCAGAGAAGUUAGCGAGGCGUGGGUAAUUGAGAGGCUCCUUGCUGCUUUGGGGGGAGGCGAUGGCAGCCCGCUGCUGCGGCGCAGGCUGCCCCACAGCAGAAGCAGCAGCAGCAGCAGCAGCGGGAACAGGGUGGAAGCACCUGUGGUUCUUGAGGUGAACAGGGAGCUGCAGCUGCUGCAUUUGUCUGCUGCUGCGCUGCAGCACGCUGUUGCUGCCUUCUUGAAGGGGGCUUCGGCGGUGUUGCUGCUGCAGCUGCUGCUGCGUCGGGCGUUUGCUGCCGGUUACUCUUUGCAGCAGCUGCAGCAGCAGCAGCAGAUUUUGCUGCAGCAGCAGCAGCCGCUACACUCCCGCUUGCCCCGUGAAGCAUCCCCCAUAGCAGUCACAACGCAUGCAGCAGCAACUGCAGCAGCAGCAGCCGCUGCAGCGGCCGAGCAACAGCAGCAUGACUUGAUGCCCCAGUCUCUUGUGGAUCUGCUGCAGCAGCAGCAGCAAACAGAGCAGCAGUGGUCGGCGAGCUUAAGUGGCGGGGCGUGGGUGCAGCAGCAGCAGCAGCAGCAGCAGCAGCAGCAAAGAGAGGGGCCCUGGGGCUGCUGUAUUGAGGCCUUUCUAUUUGGGGUUCGGCGGCUGCAGCAGCAGUGGGAUGCGCAGUUGCUGCUGCUGCGGCUGCAGCAGCUGCAGCAGCUGCAGCAGGAGUGGGAAGUGCCGUAUGCAGGCGACUUGCGUCCAUCAGCAGCAGCAACAGCAGCAGCAGCAGGGCCGCUCCCGCCGCUGCCCUUCACUCUGCACACAGCAGCAGCAGCAGCAGCAGCAGCAGCAGCAGCAGCAGGGCCCCCCGCUGUUGCUGCGCGCCCAGUGACGCUCCUCUGGCUGCAGCAGCAGUUGCGGGAUGGGCUUCGCUGCUGGGAGGAAACAGCACUCGUUUUAGAGACAGCGUUGCAUGCAGCAACAAGCUGCAGCAGCAGCAGCAGCAGCAGCAGCAGCAGCAGCAGCAGCGACAGCGGCAAAGGGGUGCCUAGUGCUUCAGCCCUAACGGGCGCCCUGCUGCAGCAGCUGCUGCAGCGACUGCAGGCGGCUGAGCUGCGGGGAGAUUUGCUGCUGCAGCGGCUGCUGCGGUUUCUGUUGUCUUUUGCUGCGCAGCCGCUGCUGCAGCACAUCGGUUUGCUGCUGUGCUGCGGCAGCACCGCAGCCACGCAGCAGCAGUUCUGCUGCGAUGCGCCUGCUGCUGCUGCAGGACCAGGACCUUCUGGGGCUGCCAGCAGCAGCAGCAGCAGCUGCUGCAGCAGCAGCAGCUGUUGGUGGAGCGUUCUCCGGCAGUGCUUAAGUGACGCAGCAGCAACAGGCAGCUACGUUGCAGCAGCAGCAGCAAUGCGCGAGGGUGCAGCAGCUCUGUCUGCAGGCGUGGGCUGGGCUGCUCAGCAGCAGCAGCAGCAAGAGCUCCAGCAGCUGCUGCAGCAGUGCCCCGAAACUGCAGCAGCAGCAGCGGGAUCGGCAGCAGCAGCAGGAGCAGCAGGGGAAGGAGUCUUCGGCCUCCAGAUAACUGCUGAACUGCUGGAGCUGGCGCAGGCCGAGUUGUUGCAGCAGCAGCAGCAGCUGCAGCAAACAGCAGCCGCUGCACGCAGCAGCAGCAGCAGUCCCUGCAGCAGCAGCAGCAGUGAUGUGGUGCUGCUCACAGAUUUUCUGCAGCAGGUGGAUGAGCACCUCCGGGGUUGGCAGUCUCUGCCUUGCAGCAAACUGCAGCAGCAGCAGCAGCACGCAGCAGCAGCAGCAGCAGCAGCAGGUAAUGAGCUUGCGCUGCUCCCCACAUCCGCCAUUUCCACUUGCAGCAGCGCAACCUGCCUCAGCAGCAGCAGCAGCAGCAGCAGCGGCGGCAGCGAGCCAGACAUCGAUGACACCUACAAGCUGGAGUUUGCAGAAGAGCCCCGCCCCGAGCAGCAGCAGCAGCAGCAUCAGCAGCAGCAAAAGGAGUUGCUGCCUACGACGUUUCGGCUGCAGCAGCUGCUGGUGCGCCCGCUGCAGCAGCUCAGGAUUUGCGGGCAGCAGCUGCUGCUGCUGGAGACGCUGCAGCAGGGCCUCGCCUUAGAGCGAAUUGCUGCUCUUCGCGCUCUCUUCUCUCUGCAGGACGAGCCGCUGCUGCUGCCAGUUUUGCGGCUGCUGUUUGAGCGGGCAGAUGCCCCUCUUGCCCACGCGGACCCUUUGCUGCUGAACAGUUUGCUGCAGGAGGCCUUCUGCAGCAGCAGCAGCAGCAGCAGCAGCAGCAGAGGGCUGCAGCAGCAACAACAGGUGCUGCUGCCGCUAGAGAAUAGCCCGGCGUCGGACCUCCAGUUGCCACAACUGCUCUGCACUUCGAAUGCAGCACAGCCCUCAGCAGCAGCAGCAGCAGCAGCAGCAAAACGAGCAGCAGCAGCAGCACCUGACUUCAGCACUGAGAGCAUAGCCUGGCAGCUGCAUGCGCGCAUGCGCGCUGCCCUAAAGGCAGCAACUGGCUUGCCUGGCGGCCCCGACAGCAGCAGCAGCAGCAGCAGCAACAGCAGCAGCAGCAGCAGCUUGGCGCGGCGGGUGGAGCUGGGCCGUGCUGCAGUCUACGGAGACCUCUUCUCGCUGCAGCGGCAGCAAAAAGCUUUUCAACUUUUGUUUGUCUCUUUGGAGGAGACUCCUUUUAUCUUGAAGGCGCAGCAGCAAAAGGCCUUGGCCUUUGCCUGCAUGCAGGUGAAGCAAAAGGGUCCCCGCGUGAGGGGCCCCUCCGUAGUGCCUGCUGCUGCUCUUGCUGCUGCUGCUGCUAUCUUGGCCUACAACUUAGAGCUGCAGCGAGCAGUGCUGGCAGCAGAGCACCUCCUGCAGGUGUCUCCUGUGUUUGCUGCUGCCUUCAAGCAGCAGCGCCAACGCAGAAGCAGCAGCAGCAGCAGCAGCAACAGCGGCUGCGACGCGGUGUUUCGCUUCUAUGGGGUGCUGCUGGCAGCAAGACAAGAGCUGCUGCACCUGCUGCAUGCACUCAAGCUCUAUGUGGGGCAAUGUCUGUACAGCACGGAGCAGCCGCUGCUGCUGUUGCUGCUGCGCUGCUGCAGCACAGACGAGCUUGCUGCACAUCACCUGCAGCAUUUGCUGCUGCUGCUCGCAGUGCUGCUAGUGCCGCUGUCCCCUGCUGCGGCAGCAGCAGCUGAGUCAGACGCAGCAGCAGCAGCGGAGACGGCCGCAGCAGCGCGUCGGGCCUGCGGUGCAGCAGCAGCAGCAGCGGAGGAAGCAGCAGCAGCAGCAGCAGCAGCAGGCGUCAUUCCAUCAUCGCCACUCAGUUUUGCUGCUAAUGUAGCAGCAGCACCGCAUGUCCUCACGCUGCUGCGGGCUCCGCUGCAGCUGCUGCAGCUGCUGCGGUUAGCCACAGCUGCAGCGGGGCUGCAGCAGCAGCCGCUGCUGCUGCUGCAGCAGAACGACCCCUUGCUGCUCGACUUCUCAGUACCGGCGCCACAGCAGCAGCAGCAGCAGCAGCAGCAGCACGGCGACGCGUUCUGGCCGCCGCCAACCCCAAGAAUAAGCCGCUUCACCGAGUGCCGCGGCAGCAGCAGCAAAGGCAGCAACAGCAGCGCCGAGCAGCAGCAGCAGCAGCAAAUGCUGCAGCAACUAGAGAGACUGAGCCCAGAUGCCACUGCCACAAUCAGGAAAUACACUCAAGCUGUAGAAGCUGGCUCUGAACGGGGAGUGCCUUCAGCAGCAGCAGCAGCUGCUGCUGCUGCUGCUGCUGGGGCUGUGGAAAGGCGCCGUGAAGCUGCAAGCAGCCAUAAGCUUCGGUGGCUAGACGCUCCCGCCCAUUGCAAGCAGCAGCAGCAGCUUCGGUGGCUAGACGCUCCCGCCCAUUGCAAGCAGCAGCAGCAGCAGCUGCUGCUGCAGCUGCUGCUGCAGCUGCUGCUGCUGCAGGUGCUGCUGCAGGUGCUGCUGCUGCAGGUGCUGCUGCUGCUGCUGCUGCUGAAUCCUGCGCUUAAGCGACGGCUACUACUGCUGCUGCUGCUGCUGUGCAGGACACAUCUGGUGCCGCCGUGUCGCCAGGAAAGCACAGCAGCAGCAGAAGAAGCAACAGCAGCAGAAGCUGCAGCAGCAGGAGCUGCAGCAGCAGCUUUCCCUGCUGCUGCAGCUUUAAAUGACUUUCUGGUUGCUGCAGCAACUGCUGCUGCUGCCCUCGCUAGAUAUAUCAUGGGCGAACAGCCCCUGCAUAUACCACUAGCUACGGCAGCAGCAGCAGCAACAGAUGACUGCAGCAGCAGCAGCUGCCGCAGCUGCUGCAGCUGCUGUAGCUGCUGCAGCAGCUAG